GUGUGAGAAAACAUUUUGUGAUGCGAAAUAGAUUUUGACAUUUAACCAGAGACUAUGAGAGAUGAAUUAACCCUACCCCAGAUCAUCAUUCCAUCAACUAGUUUACCAAAUGUCGGGGAUAAAGUUUAAUCUUAAGAAGAAGACAAAUGGAGGUGGGAUAAAUAAACCUAAAAUAUCAAUAUCGUUAGGUAAAGGGGUGAAGAAACUAAAUGGAGGACCAUCAUCUCCACAUCUCAAUAAUCCAUUACAGACUAAACGAAUCAAUGGAGGAGGAGCAUUUGGUAUAAAGGAUGAUGAAGGAGAUGAUGAAGAGGGUAAGGUUAUACAGAUUGAUUCAUUUGAUUCCGAUACUAUCAAAUCACAUACUGAUGGUGGUAAACAUCAGGAACCAUUGAUUAUUAAACCUAUAGCUUUAAGUAAACGACUAAAUGGUGAUGAUUUGGAUAAAGAACGUGAUGAACAAUUACGUAGACAAGAACAAGAAAGUCAUAAGAAUAGGUUGAAGUAUGGAAUAACCGAUUUUGAUAAACAAAUACUAUCAGAACAAGACGAUAAUGAUGAAAUUCGAAUAUUCCAAGCUAAAUAUGAUGAUUUACCUGAUGAAGAUUCAGAAGAAGAGUAUGCCAAAGUGCCCGUUGAACAAUUUGGAGAAGCAUUAUUACGAGGUAUGGGAUGGACUGGUGAAGAUGAAGAUGACUCGAAGGAUAAUGAGACAUUGAAUCAACAGAGAGGUCCAGUGUUGGGUAUUGGUGCUAAACCUAUUGAUGCUAAAUUAUAUGAUGAUAUUAAUGGAGGUUCAAAUUCAAAAUUACAAGCUCCAUUGAUUCGUCGGGAUAAAUUUACCAAAGAAAUCAUCCCUGAUGAAUGAAAAGUGAAUGUCCAGAUAUGAUAUUUUGUAUUAAACGGUAUGUAUUUAACUAUAGAUUUAUGUGUUUAUAUAGUACAUAAGAAAUGAAUGAACGCUUAGAUGAAAUUCCCAAUUUAAUGAUCAUGCCAUAGUUUAAAGUAACAGUUAGAGAGUACAACUCUAUUGAAUAUGUAGUCAUACAGGUAAUCAUUCAGUACUGAAAUAAAAGUACAUAUCCUUAUUGUCAAACUUGCGAACCAGCUCAAGUUUGAAAUCAUACCUCCAAUUCAUUUGCAACUAUUAGAACACAUUUGAUCAUAAUCGAACUACUUUUAAUCCUUUUCUCUCCCGAUUGCAAAUGGCACAAUUAUCCCAUUCAUAAAAAGGCACCCCUUUAUGUUCUUUUCUAUGAACAGUUUCAACAUUUUCAUGUUUCGUUUGAAGUAUGCUAAUGUUUAACUCUGGAAGAUGUUUGGCAAGACUAAUAUGGAGAUGAAAUGACAUGGUUUGAUAAUGUU